AUGUCUUCUGUACAUCGAACAUUUGCUUACAAAUUAAGCAAGCAACUUGCUGCUGAUGUUCGUCGGCAUAUAUCAAAUUCUUCAUCAUAUUCAAGAGAACUUUCCAAGAGCGAGAGUAAUGCAAGUGGAUUUUCAUCAUCUAUUUCACUUUGCGAAGUGUAUGAACCAGUAGACUAUGAAGAUUUUCUAAACCAACAUCUGUUGAUCAUUGAACGUGAUCCAUUACGGUCAAUAUUAGAUUUUCCACCCGAUGAUGUUGAGUUAAGAGUUGUCAAGCGUACAAUUCGUACAGAAAGUCCUAUAAUUCCAUUUGAAUCUCUUGAUACAGUUAGUCCUUAUGUUCGGAGAUGUAUUGAAACUUUUGCGUCUGACUGGAUAGUUAUUCAUCGAAAAUAUCGUAGGAAAGCUUCUCCAAUUGCUCGAGAGAGACUUCUUCUAGAUACUCCUCGACAAGAUUUUGAAGUCGAUCAAGAAGAUAUUCUUUAUAAUUCUCCAAAUGAUGAAGACGAUAUAUCAAGUUCAUUGGAUACACCACGAGGUUCGUGGGCUAGUUUAGAUUUACGUCAUUCGCAGCAUGACCCUCUUUUACCUGGUUUACUUGAUCGAGUUUCACCAGAAACGAUUGAUCAAAUAAAUGAGCAAAAACGAUCAGAAGAUCGACAGGAUGCGAUAUUCCCACUUUACACUCCGCCAUCGUCUCAAGAUGAUGAGUGGCAAGAAAGUAGUCCAGCAUUAGAACCUGGUGAAUUAUUUUCUCACAAAAUACUCGUUAAAUGUCUUCAAUUGAAAUUAGAAUUAGAAGUGGAGCCAAUAUUUGCGAGUUUUGCUCUCUAUGAUGCCAAAGAAAAACGAAAACUUUCUGAAAAUUUUUACGUUGAUAUGAAUCCAGAACAUUUAAAAAGAAUGCUCGGUAGCCAUAUUGCUUAUAGCGAUGCAAGUACUCUGGCAAGAAGCUGUAUCUUUAGCAUCAGUAAACCAAGCCCUGAUUUAUUUAUAGUAGUUAGAUUGGAAAAAGUACUGCAGGGUGAUAUCUCGGAAUGUGCUGAACCUUAUUUACGUGAUGACAAAAAUAGAGAUAAGGUUAAAGUAACCGCUGCUAUCGCUUGUGAACGUUUGGGACGUUAUAGGAUGCCCUUUGCCUGGACUGCUAUCCAUUUGUCAGCCGUAAUAGGUGGUGGCAAUGGUGGUGGUUUGGAUUCUGAAAGCAAUGGUAGUGCUGGGUCUUUAGAUAGAAAAUCUGGAAGCUUGGAGCAGUGGCGUAAAAAAGUCGAACAGCCUGUUCGACGAGGUUCUUUGGAACGUAAAAGUUCUGACAAACGACGUAGCUGGUCGCCAGAUGAUUUUGCUAAUUGUUUGGAUAGUUUUCGACCUAUAACAUUGACUGUCUCUAGUUUUUUUAAACAGGAAAGUGAACGAUUGAGAGACGAAGAUCUUUAUAAAUUAUUGGUUGAAUUACGUAGACCUGGAUCUAAUUUGAAACGAUUAAAAUGCAUACCAGGUAUUCUUAAAUUGGAUUUAAGCCCAAAGCCUGAUGAAUUACCACGUUGUUUAGAUCCAGAUUUAAGGAGACUUAUACCCUAUCCAGAUGAAAAAAAUAGACCAAUUAAAGAAGUUCUUGAGUUUUCUAGUGACGUCCUUAUACCUGAGUUAACUUAUCGUAAUUUUCUUUAUAUUUACCCGAAAGAAGUUAAUUUUAGUUCAAGAACUGGAUCAGCACGUAAUAUAACUGUUAGAGUCCAAUUAAUGGGCGGUGAACAAGAAGCCGAUGCAUUAACAGCAAUAUUUGGUAGAUCAUCUUGUCCUGAAAUGACUCACGAAUGUUUUACUUCCGUUUCUUAUCAUAAUAAAAAUCCAAACUUUUAUGAUGAAAUUAAAAUACGUCUUCCUGCUGAUUUAGGCGCUCGUCAUCAUUUAUUAUUUACCUUCUAUCAUAUUAGCUGUCAGAAAAAAGUUGAGCAGCCAAAUGUCGAAACACCAAUUGCUUAUACGUGGUUGCCUCUAUUACGAGAUGGACAUCUUCAAUUUGGUGAAUUUACAUUACCUGCUAUGCUCGAUCCUCCACCGUCUAAUUAUUCUUACAUAGCACCUGAUGUGCUAUUACCUGGAACUAGAUGGGUUGAUGCUCAUCGUGGGGUAUUUAAUAUUAUUAUUGAACCAGUUUCAAGCGUACAUCCUCAAGAUAAAUAUAUUGAUAGAUUUUUAUCUCUCUGUGGUUAUUUAGAAACGGGACAAGUACCUCCAAGAAUCGGAGAAACUGGAAUGGAAAUAGAAUUGAGAUCAUCGUUACUAGAAUUAUCUCGAACAUCAAACUCAGCUUUAGUACGUUCUCUUCCUCAGUUACUCGAUCAAUUAAUAUCAUAUUUAGUGCUACCUCCAACAUUACCGUCAUGUCCAAUAAAUAUUGCCGCGGCAUUAUUUGAAGCGAUAGGCCUUCUAGCAAAAAAUAUAACAAAUUUACCAGACGGCCAGAUUGAUGUUCACGGUAGGCACACUCUUUUAGCCACGUAUGCUGCAUAUCAAUGCUCUCUACCACGAAUGACAUCAUCACCGAGAGUUGCUCGUUCACGGAGUAAUCCAGAUUUAUCAGUUGAAGAUUUAGAAAUGGAAAUGCAUGCUCGUGGUUUAGAUCGUACCGCAUCAAUGCGUCAAGAAUCGCCAUUAAUAAACUGUCCAUUAAUCAGGAGAUUACUUCACGAGGAAUUAGCAUUACAUUGGGUUGUUUCAACUGGACAAGCUCGUGAAUUGGCGAUAAUUCAUUCAUGGUUUUUUUUUGAACUCAUGGUCAGAUCAAUGGUAACGCAUUUAUAUGAAACUGGUAAUUUAGAUGCUCCGCGAAAAAUAAGAUUUUCACCGCAAUAUUGUGAUGAUAUUUCUACUUUAGUUGAUGUUUUAACAAAUGAAGUGAUAAAUAGAUAUAUUAAAGAUCUUAAAACAGCAUACAAUUUAAUAUUUAGCUUGGCAAAUUUUUUAUCAGACUUACUAUCGAUUAUGGAUCGUGGAUUCGUGCUCUCAUUAGUCCGAACAGCAUGUUGUUUAUUAUCUGAUGCAACAAUUCACGUUCCUGAUUCAACUACACUGUUUUCACUUAAAAUGGAUUUUAUCAGAACAGUAUGCUCUCACGAACAUUAUGUCGCAUUAAAUCUUCCAUUUGGUACUGGUUAUACUUCUGGAUCAGCACCAGCAUCUCCAAGUCCUUCUGUUAGUAGCAGCACUGGAAGUCUUAUUUCUACACUGGUACCUGGUAAUUGUGCUAGAUUUGCAGAAUUGAGUCAAGAAUUUCGUCAGCAGCAUUUUCUUGUAGGUUUAAUAUUAUUAGAUUUAUCAACAACUCUUGAAAUACCAAAUCCAGUGUUACAAAGUAAAGCUAUAGGUUCUGUAAGAUAUCUAAUGACUUGUCAUGAUAAAGAUCCAAGAUAUUCAGAUCCAUCAGCAAAAGCUCGUGUAGCUGUUUUAUAUCUUCCAUUAUUAAAUAUUAUUAUGGACUCAUUACCACAACUUUAUCAAUGGGAUUCAAAAAAUAAAAGUUUAUAUCCUAAUGACUCAAAUUCAAUUACACAGUCAGUAGCGCUUGCUAUUGCCGGUGGUAAUUCAGCGGAUGUUUCUAGUCUUUACUGUCGAGUAUCUUUGAGCUCAGAAACAACACGACAUUUACUUAUGUGUUUUUUGUGGGUUUUAAAAGGAUUGGAGCGCAGUGUUCUCACUCAGUGGUGUUCUGAGUUAAAUUCAAGACGAGUUUUAUGUCUGCUACAUGUACUUAAUAUUUGCAUUGCUGCAUUUGAAUACAAAGGUAAAAAAGCUAUGAAAAGAGUACCACAACAAGUUGCUGCGUCAGGUGAUAUUCGUUCAAGAUUAGAGGACGUGAUACUUGGUCAGGGUAGUGCAAGAAGUGAAAUGAUGUUACGACGUAAGGAACGAAUUAUUGGUGAUAAGCUCAGAUGGAGGAAAGAUCAAAUGGCGUAUAGAACCAAUGAGCCAGCUGAAGAACGAGUUGUUGAACAAGAUGCUCAUAUCGAAGGUGCUUUAGCAGCUGAGGCUUCUCUCAUUGUACUUGAUACUUUAGAAGUUAUUGUUCAAGCUGAUUGUGCUGGUGGUGCAAUUAAUGGUGUGUUAAAGGUACUUUUGAGAGCUUUACAAAGAAACCAAAGUACCUCUGUACUCCAACAUAUGUUUAAUACUCAACGCGCACUUGUUGUUAAAUAUCACAGUGCAUUUUUUGACGACGGAAGCGAAAGAUGUGGUAAUCUUUGCUUAACGUUACUAACUCGGUGUAGUUCACCAUUAAGUGCAAUUCGGAGUCAUGCAGCUGCCAGUUUGUAUCUUCUUAUGAGACAAAAUUUUGAAGUUGGAAAUAAUUUUGCUAGAGUUAAAAUGCAAAUGACAACGUCAUUGUCGACACUUGUUGGCCGUGGACGUGGACCUAGUGAAGGUGCGCUACGCCGAGCUUUGAAAACUGUUUUAGUUUACGCUGAAAGAGAUACUGAAUUAGCGAAUACCAGUUUUCCUGAGCAGGUUAAAGAUUUAUUAUUCAAUUUACAUAUGAUACUCUCAGAUACCGUUAAAAUGAAAGAGUUUCAAGAAGAUCCAGAAAUGUUAUUAGAUUUAAUGUAUCGUAUUGCUAAAGGCUACCAAAGCUCACCAGAUUUACGUCUAACUUGGCUAGCAAAUAUGGCGCAACAACACAUGGAACGUAAAAAUCAUACAGAAGCGGCAAUGUGUUUGGUUCAUAGUGCUGCACUUGUUGCCGAAUAUCUUCACCUGCUAGAACCAGGCAGUGGCGGUCGGCCUAUAGGGGCAGUUGCUUUAAGUUCUGUUUCUACUAAUGUACUAGAGGAGAGUGCAGUUGGAGAUGAUGUUCUAGCGCGGAGAGAAGAAGGAUUAUGCCUUGGGCCCGAUUUCUCAGAAAGUGGACUUGCUGGGUUACUGGAGCAUGCCGCUAGUUCUUUUUUCGCUGCUGGAAUGUAUGAAGCUAUCCCUCAUGUUUAUCGUGUACUGCUUCCGAUUGCAGAAACUGCAUAUGAUUACAAAAAAUUGGCCAAUAUUCAUGGCAAACUCCAUGAAGCUUACGCGAGAAUUGAUCAACUGUCAGGUAAACGUGUAUUUGGAACUUACUUCAGAGUUGGUUUUUACGGUAGCAAAUUCGGCGAUCUUGAUGGUGAAGAAUUUGUUUAUAAAGAACCGACUCUUACGAAGCUUCCUGAAAUAUUUUCAAGACUUGAAAAUUUUUACAUCGAACGAUUUAGUGUUGACAAUGUUGUCAUAAUAAAAGAUUCUAAUCCAGUAGAUGUUAGUAAAUUGGAUUCUGAUAAAGCAUAUGUUCAAAUUACUUAUGUAGAGCCAUAUUUUGAAGCAUAUGAGUUGAGACACAGACCAACAAUUUUUCAUAGGAACUUUAAUAUAAAACGAUUUAUUUACGCAACACCUUUUACUACAAGUGGAAAAGCUCAUGGUGAACUCAAGGAACAAUGCAAAAGAAAAACAAUUUUGACAGUUGCCACGUAUUUUCCAUACCUCAAAACACGUAUACGAGUUGUGGCUCGAAAGCAAAUUGUACUUAGUCCUAUUGAAGUCGCAAUUGAAGAUAUUCAGAAAAAAACUGUUGAGCUGGCUACUGCUACAAAUCAAGAUCCACCAGAUCCAAAAAUAUUACAAAUGGUACUUCAAGGUUGUAUUGGUACAACUGUUAAUCAAGGACCAGCAGAAGUUGCUAAUGUAUUUCUCUCAAAUAUAAGAGAAUCAAACGUACAUCCUUCAAGAUUUCAACAUAAGUUACGGCUUUGUUUUAAAGAUUUUACAAAAAAAUGUUUAGACGCAUUACGUAAAAACAAAAAUCUUAUUGGUCCUGAUCAACGUGAUUAUCAACGUGAAUUAGAAAGAAAUUAUCAACGUUUAACUGAAAAGUUAGCGCCUCUUAUUACUUGGAGCGGGUCUCCUCCGAUGAAUCAAGAAUCUCCAUCAUUAACAUCUUUACUCUGGUAG